AUGGUUAAAAAUAAUAUCAAACCGAAGAAUAAAUCCAGCAAGAAAUCCAAAAAUAAAAAAACAAAGACACACAAAAAUGUUAUUAAAACAAUUGACACUGUCAUGCCAAUUUCUACUCCUGUAGGUUCAGUUCAUUUUGACGAGUUUUUAAAAAUAUGCAGAGAGCCAAAAAUAAUUGAAAAUAUAGCUGAACCUGCUAAAAUAUCUAAUAAAACAAAAAAUAAUAAAAAUAAAAAAUCUAAGAAAGCUAAAAAGACUAAAAAAACUGAAAAAUCUAAGAAAGCUAAAAAAACUAAAAAAACGGAAAAACCUAAGAAAUCUAAAAAAAGGAAGAAGAUAGGAAUUUCUAAAAUUAAAGAAGUCGUAAAACCAGAUGAUGGUCCUCCGUCACUACAACCAACAUUAUUUCCGUUGAUCAAUACAUUAUUACUUCCUUCCAAUAACGAUGCUAUUGACGAAAAUACGUUAUUCUCAGAAUUUGUUGUUGGUAAACCUGAAACAUUUACUUUAAAACAAUCAUCAAUUCGAAAAUUAACAGUAAUUGAACAACAGGCAAAUAACACUGUUGACGAAAUUAAUAAUUUAGAAGCAAAAAUCAAGACUCUAAUGGAGAAACCUAAAUUAAACGAAUCUGAAACUAUUGAAUUGGAGAAUCAACAGUUGCUUGUUAUGAAGUUACUGAAUGAUUUUGAAGACAAUUUGGCAAAAAUUCGAGAUAUUUUCAACAAUGACAAUUUGGAAAACACUAACGAAACUAAUACUGACGGUGAAGAUACUAUAUGCCAAAUAAUCAAUAAGACUGAAUCGCAACAGAUGAAUGUAGAAAAAUGGUACGAAAUCAAUGAUCUAUCAUACCUCUUAUCACCGAAUGCAUCAUUUGACAAAGGUGUUACCGUAUCAGAAGGCCUAUUAGGAAUAUUUGAAGAAUUAAAAAACCAAAAAACAUCCCCAAAAUCUAAUGCAAAACACAAUGAUGUGUUUAAAAGACUUAAAAAUAAAUUCAGUAUAUUAUUGCCUCCACCAAAUUUGAACGGCAGCAAAGAAUACUUGAUGUGGGUAGAUAAAAAACUUUACAGAGAUCAUCGGGAUAUGUUAAAUGGUACCAAAAAUCUGAAGAUAUUUCAAUGUUGGAAUGAACUAGAACUUAAGUAUAAUAUUAUUAAUGCACUCGUGAUAUCUUUGAAGGAUGCUAUCAAAUCAACAUCACCGUUUUACUAUGCAAGUAAUACCACGAAAUCGCAAUUUGCGGUUGAUCAAAGUAUUUUGGUACAAUCAUUGGAUGAACUCAAACGAAAGACACGGGAUGCAUUUUUACACGCUGGUUUAGAAAAGUAUUGGAAAAUAAAUCCUGAAUCUAUAAGGCUUGGAUCUAGACCAUGUUUUGACAUUACGAUCUGCCAACGAAACACAGUCAUAGACAACCCUGUUCCAUUAGAUAAACGGUCAUUUUCCUCUUUUCUACGUAAUUCAAUCUUAAUGAACGACGAAAUUUGUAAAGACACGAUAAAAUCAUCAAAUUCAAAAACCAGUGAAAUCGAAGUCGGUAAUACCAACUAUAACUAA